CCACAAAAUACACUGAUAAAGAUAAUGGAGGGAUGCUUGUAUGGUCUCCGUAUCAUAAUAUUCCAGAUGCCAAGUUGGAUGAAUAUAUAGCAAUAGCAAAGGAAAAACAUGGAUACAAUGUGGAACAGGCUCUCGGCAUGUUGUUCUGGCAUAAACACAAUAUUGAGAAGUCCCUUGCGGAUCUCCCUAACUUCACUCCUUUCCCUGAUGAAUGGACAGUUGAAGAUAAAGUCCUAUUUGAACAAGCAUUUAGCUUCCAUGGAAAGAGCUUUCACAGGAUCCAGCAAAUGCUUCCAGACAAGACUAUUGCAAGCCUUGUGAAAUACUACUAUUCUUGGAAAAAAACUCGGUCUAGGACAAGUUUGAUGGAUCGACAGGCUCGAAAACUAGCUAAUAGAAAUAAUCAAGGUGACAGUGAUGAUGACAUAGAAGAAGCUCAUCCAAUGGAUGGAAAUGAUAGUGAUUAUGAUCCCAAAAAAGAAGCCAAAAAGGAGGGCAAUAAUGAGCAGCCUGUUCAGACCAGCAAAAUAGGUCUGGGUAGAAGAGAGUAUCAGAGCUUGCAGCAUCGCCAUCAUUCCCAGCGUUCCAAAUGCCGUCCACCAAAAGGCAUGUACCUGACCCAGGAAGAUGUGAUAGCUGUUUCCUGUAGUCCCAAUGCAGCCAACACAAUUCUUAGACAGCUGGAUAUGGAACUAAUCUCAUUAAAGCGACAGGUUCAAAAUGCUAAGCAAGUAAACAGUGCACUUAAACAGAAAAUGGAAGGCGGGAUUGAAGAAUUCAAACCUCCUGAGUCUAAUCAGAAAAUCAAUGCCCGUUGGACCACAGAAGAGCAGCUUCUUGCAGUACAAGGUGUCCGAAAAUAUGGUAAAGAUUUUCAAGCUAUUGCAGAUGUAAUUGGCAACAAGACUGUUGGCCAAGUGAAGAACUUCUUUGUAAACUACAGGCGUCGGUUUAACUUAGAGGAGGUAUUGCAGGAAUGGGAAGCGGAACAAGGAACCCUGGCUUCUAAUGGUGAUGCUUCUGCUUUAGGGGAGGACACAAAAAAUACUUCUAAUGUGCCAUCAGGAAAGAGCACUGAUGAAGAAGAUGAGGCACAAAGCACUCCGGCCACUCAGUGUUUAGGCCCUUCACCUCCAGCACAGGCAUCUGCUCCAGCACCUGCCGCUCCCAUGGCAACUUUAAAUCAGCCGCCCCCGUUACUUCGCCCAGCGCUCCCUGCUGCUCCUGCUCUCCAUCGCCAGCCUCCGCCCCUCCAACAGCAGGCGCGAUUUAUUCAGCCGCGGCCGACUCUAAACCAGCCUCCCCCCCCACUCAUCCGCCCAGCUAACUCCAUGCCCCCUCGCCUGAACCCCAGGCCAGUGCUGACCACGGUCAGCGGCCAGCAGCCACCCUCGCUGAUUGGAAUUCAGACAGAAUCUCAGUCCACUCUGCACUGAAGAAAUAAGAGCAGAAUUAUGCUAACUCCCACAUUUGAAAAAUUGUAUCCGUGGACUUUUUUUUUGUUCCAAGUAAUGAAGGGGAGAAAAGAGCAAGCCUUCACAGGUAGCAGACCGGUUUCCCAGAGGAGCAAGCUGAUCAUGAGAAAUGGAACAACGUGAAUGACCACCUGUAUAAAAAU